GCUCCGCUCCCGUGCCGGCGCAUGCGCGGUGCCGCCAUGCGGGUGCUGGUGGGCGGUGGGACAGGCUUCGUGGGCACAGCCCUGACGCAGCUGCUGCGGAGCCGAGGGCACCGAGUGACCCACGUGUCUCGCCGAGGCGGCAGGAAUCGGAUCAGCUGGGAAGAGCUGUCCCGCUCUGGACUGCCCGUGUGUGAUGCUGUGGUCAAUCUGGCUGGUCAAAAUGUCCUCAACCCUCUCCGCAGAUGGAGCGAUUCCUUCUGCAGGGAAAUCAUCAGCAGCCGGGUGGACACCACGAGGACCUUGGCCAAGGCCAUUGCUGCUGCUGAGCAUCCCCCCCGGGCGUGGGUCCUCGUCACUGGCGUAGGUUAUUACCGCCCCAGCCCCAUCGCUGAGUACACUGAGGAGAGUCCAGGAGGGAAUUUUGACUUCUUCUCCCGCCUGGUGAGCUCUUGGGAGGAUGCAGCUCUCAUCUAUGGGAGCCCAACUCGUGGAGUUGUGGUGAGAUCAGGUGUGGUGCUGGGUCGAGGUGGUGGUGCCAUCUCUCAGAUGAUCUGGCCUUUCCGUCUGGGACUUGGGGGCCCCUUGGGCUCCGGACUGCAGCCCUUCCCCUGGAUCCACAUUCGGGACCUGUGUGGGAUUGUGUGCCACGCCCUGGAGAAGGAGAAUGUGCGGGGCAUCCUCAAUGGGGUUUCCCCAACAUCCUCUGGCACCUCCAAUGGUGCCUUUGCUCGGGAGCUGGCUGCAGCCCUGGGCCGCCCCGCCCUGCUGCCGGUGCCUGCCUGGGCUGUGCGCGCUGUUUUUGGGGAGGAGCGGGCGGUCAUGCUGCUCAAGGGACAGAAAGUGCUGCCCAAACGCACCCUGGAGAGCGGCUACCGCUUCCUCUUCCCCGAGCUGGCUGCAGCUCUGAGGGACAUUGUGGCUUAAGGCCUCCCCUCCUGGGCUGGGCUGAGCCUGUUUGUGUGAGCUCACAUGCCUUCCCAUGCCAGAGGGGAGCCCUGCCCCUCAACACCUCCCUAUCCCCAUCCAUCUUUCCCCCAUUUAUCUGUUUAUGUGUUUAUCCCCAGUUUAGGAACCAUCCCUCUCACUGCCACCUGCAUCUUAGCACUAUACCUACAUUUGGGGAAGGGCACAAGCCCUGCCUGCCACCUGAAUCUCAACACUGUCUGCAUUUGGGGAAGGGCACAAGCCCUGCCUGCCAGCUGAACCUCAACACUGUCUGCAUUUGGGAAAGGGCACAAGCCCUGCCUGCCAGCUGAAUCUCAACACUGUCUGCAUUUGGGGAAGGGCACAAGCCCGGCCUGCCAGCUGAACCUCAACAUUACCUGCAUUUGGAAAAGGGCACAAUCUCCUCAGAAGAUUGUGGCUAUGGAAUUGCCCAUUUUCCCUUUCCCAUGGUGUGUGUGAACUGCUGGCAGAGCAGCUAGGGGCUGUGAUGUCUUCUCCUCUGAGAGACAGGUGGCAGCAGGAAAUAGGUUGUAAUGCUGUUGUAAUUCUUCCAUGGUACUGGAAGUCACCCUUCCUGGUUUUCCCCACGAUGACACAGGCAAAGCAGAAGAGCAGAAGUUCCUUUCUCAGUCUCAGUGGUUGUGGGAGAAGAUCCAUCUUUAGAGCAGUGCAAAGGGUGCUGAGUACAGAUUGUGGGGAGACUCUGCUAUCUCCUUUCUUGUUGCUGGUUCCAAGUUGAUGUGUCAGUACUUUCAGCAGAGUGCAGUCCAAAGAGUUACAUCCUUCCAGGGUUCCAUACCCUUUGUGCUGUGGCAGGGAUGAGGGAGAGCAGUGCUUUGCCAGCCUGUGGGAAAAGGGUGACAAUCAGACUGUGGCCCUUGGACUGCUUUGCCUUUCCUAAAUGCCCAUUACAUCUAAUGUGCUGAGGAAAACUGGGUGGGUGGUGCAUCACUGUGAGGCAGUGAAGGUCACAGCUUUAGUCUAAAGAAGCAUUUCAGUGUUGCCUUCACUGCCUUACCUCAGAGCAGGGUGUUUUAUUCAGCCCUUGAGGCGGUUCUUGUGCUCAGGGUGUUUCCCCUGACUGGGCAGUGAGAAUAUCCACGCUGCCUGGUUUUCCUAGGGAAGCAGUAGAGAAGAUUGUGGAGAAGAUUGCAGUUUCAUCAUCUCAUUGUGGCAGGAAAUGCAUCCAUGUGCUUCCUUUCCAUGUGCUUCCCACUUCCAUAUCCUAAAGUGGUUUGCAGGACGUGAACUGCACAGAGCAGUGAAGUUUAUUAUAGAAGUACUUCUAGAGAAAUAUUCCCAGUGUGAUGUAUCUCAGGGCUAGAAAAUUCUAUUAAAAGGCACUUCAGGCAGAUAAAAAGACCUGCUCUUUAAAUAAUUCAUACAGAGUAGUCUAUGUAUUUCUAGUUAAUGCCAUGUUGUAGUCAGACUACUGUGCUUCAGUUUCCUGUCUGAGAGUGAGCUAACCUGCUCUGAGACACAGACAGGGUUCCCUGUGGGCCAGGAAGCACAGUGGGGACAAUCAGUGCUGCUUUAGUUACCUCAGCUGAGUUUUUAGAGCUUCAGGCUUCAGUCAGCUUCCCCAGGUGCUGUGGCAUGUAGCACCCUUCUCUCAGCCAGGCUGGUUAGGCACCCCAGCGAGGUUGUUUUCUGUGCCUGUGAAUACCUUGAUGAUCACAAUGGCUUUGAGUUGUGAUUGGAAAUGGAAACAAGCAUGGCUGGAGAAGAACUGCCACCUUCAGCGCUUCUGAAACAGUAGAAAAAGAAGAAUAUCCCACGGAAGACUGCCAUGAAGCAGAGUUGCCAGGCCUUGGACUCCCUGCCUGGAUGUGUAACUCAACUCAGGACUUUUGAAAAGUUGCCUCUGCAUGGUGUUUAGUUUAAAUACAUCACAGGUUUAAAUGA